GGGCUUUCUCCGCCCCUCCCUGGCCCACUGUGGCGCCACGCAGAUGCUCCAGGCCGGGCCCCUUCCCCGGGACCAGCCGGCUCUCCCCCGGGGCUACCACGUGGACUUUGCUGGCAUGCUGGUGAGAAAAGACGGAGAAGCAGCCAGGUUCCAGCAACCUCCACUUUCCAGGGGAGCCCCAGGUCUGAGGGAGCCUGCAGCCCGUGAAGAACAGCACUUCUUUCUUUCCUCAUGAUCAGACCACCAGAAAAAAUCCUCCACAUCAUCAGCCUCCUAGAGGAGGAAGCAGAAGACUGACCCAGGGUAAUCUGAGGAUCGGGCGAGACGAUGUCUGGGAAGGCGGUCUGCAGACUGUAAGAUGCUGAACGAAGGAGAGGGGACGCCACUCAAUGCCACGGUGCUAGUGGCCACGCUGCGCUACAGAAAGCUGCGACAGCCACUCAACUAUAUUCUGGUCAAUGUGUCCCUGGCGGGCUUCGUCUACUGCAUCUCAGUCUCCACUGUCUUCAUCGCCAGCUGUCAUGGAUAUUUCAUCUUUGGCCGCCAUGUUUGUGCUUUGGAGGCCUUCCUGGGCUCUACGGCAGGUCUGGUGACAGGCUGGUCACUGGCCUUCCUGGCCUUUGAGCGCUACAUGGUCAUCUGUAAGCCCUUCGGCAACUUCCGCUUCACCUCCAAGCACGCGCUGAUGGUGGUCCUGGCUACCUGGACCAUCGGUAUUGGCGUCUCCAUCCCACCCUUCUUUGGCUGGAGCCGGUACAUCCCUGAGGGCCUGCAGUGUUCCUGCGGCCCCGACUGGUACACCGUGGGCACCAAGUACCGCAGCGAGUACUACACCUGGUUCCUCUUCAUCUCCUGCUUCAUCGUGCCUCUCUCCCUCAUCUGCUUCUCCUACUCACAGCUGCUGGGAGCCCUCAGGGCGGUUGCAGCCCAGCAACAGGAGUCCGCUUCAACCCAGAAGGCCGAGCGGGAGGUGAGCCGUAUGGUGGUGGUGAUGGUGGGAUCCUUUUGUCUCUGUUACACGCCCUAUGCCGCAAUGGCUAUGUAUAUGGUCAACAACCGGAACCACGGGCUGGACUUACGGCUUGUCACCAUUCCUGCCUUCUUCUCCAAGAGUGCUUGUGUCUACAACCCCAUCAUCUACUGCUUCAUGAAUAAGCAGUUCCGAGCCUGCAUCAUGGAGAUGGUGUGUGGGAAGUCCAUGACAGAUGAUUCUGAAAUGUCCAGCUCCCAGAAAACAGAAGUCUCUACUGUCUCGCCCAGUCAAGUUGGCCCCAACUAAGGAGCCAUACUGGCUUA